AUGGCGGAUAAUUUACAGCAUCUUUCCUUAUCUGAUGAGGAGGAUCAAGCCCUGGAGGUUGUACCCUUGGUGGAUACUUCCUCUUUCUUCUAUAAUCUAUGCUUUGUGGGUGUGUUUUUGACAUAUAGUAGUAUCAAUUUUAAUUCAAUGCGGGACGUUCUUGCUGAGCUUUGGCAUCCUCUUGGGGGAGUUAGUAUUACUGAUCUUGGUGCUAAAAGAUUUUUGUUUCGAUUCUAUACCCCUGUUGAUUUUGAACGUGUUUGGAAUGGAACUCCUUGGCUUUUCAAUAAUCAUCUCUUGAUUUUACACCCUCUUCAACCUGGGGAGGUUCCAUUAUUGGUUCCUUUAUUUUACGUUAGUGAAUGGGUUCAGAUUCAUGACCUCAAAGCGGGAUUUUUUUCUAAAUCAGUGGCACGUUCCUUGGCUAAUUUUAUUGGGGAUUACCUGGACCAUGAUUUGACCAGGGUUUCUACUGUUGCAUCGGAAUCUUAUGUUAGGGUUCAUGUCAGGAUGGAUGUGAGGAAUCCUCUGAAAAGGCGUGGGAUACAUGUACCUGCUGCAUGUCUUUUUUGUGAUCAUGAUGAAUCUAUUUCACAUGUCUUUUUGCAUUGUCCAAUGGCUGUUGUAUAA